AUGGCAUCACCUUCAAAUGAGGUCGCUAAAACUAUAGUAUUGAUCGGAAAAAUAGGUAAUGGGAAAAGCGCAACAGGGAAUAGUAUUCUUCGAAGAAAGGCAUUCAAGUCAAUGUCCAGCCCUACUCGUGUUACCAACACUUGUGAGAUGCAUACAACAACUUUACUGGAAAAUGGGCAGAAUCUUGCUGUGGUUGAUACCCCAGGAUUGUUUGACUGUUCGGCUGAACCUCAAUUUAUCGGAAAGGAAAUUGCUAAGUGCAUCAAUUUGGCAAAGGAUGGUGUACAUGCUAUUCUUCUCGUUGCAUCAAUUAAAACACGCAUUUCUAAAGAAGAAGAAGAAGCUGGUGUUUUGAUGUUGCAGGCAUUUUUUGGCCCCAAAAUUAUUGACUAUAUGGUUGUACUUUUCACCGGUGGUGAUUAUCUUGAAGAUGAUGAGACUCUUGAUGAUUAUUUUGGUCGCAAUUGCCCCCAACACUAUAAGGAAACUCUCAGAAUGUGUGGGAACCGGCAUGUUCUCUUUAAUAACAAAACAAGAGACGAACCUCAGAAAUCUAAACAAGGGAAGCAACUUCUUGCCUUAGUACAUGCAGUUGUAAAUAAAAAUGGUGGAGAACCGUAUAUGAGUCCGCAAUUUGUUGAAUUGAAGGUUGAUUUAAAGCUGAAGGAGAGCUCUGAUAAGCUCGCACAGCAAAUAGCAGAGUUAAAGCUCAAGGAGAGCUUUGAUAAGCUUGCACAACAAAUAGCAGAGCAGGAAAAUGGUCGACUCAAGGAAGAAAUUAUGACACUCUCUGCUCAAAGACUGCUCAUCGGAAGGAAAAUGAGAAUCAGAGGCAGCAGCGACAUCAAACAGUAG